UUGUACUGGUGCGCGCACGCGGGCGAGACGCGGGCCGCGCUCAAGCUCAUCGAGGAGGGCGCGGACGUGCUCUGGCGGAACCACAACGAGCAGUGCAUCCUUUCCGCGGCGGCCAAGGCCGGGGACGUGGAGAUCAUCCGGGCCCUCGUCAAGUGCGGCGCGCCGCCGAGCCACGAGAACAUCUGGCACAUGACGCCGCUGCACGAGGCCGCGCGCGCGAACCGCGGGCCGGCGAUCCGCGCGCUCGUCGACCUCGGCGCGGACAUGGAGGUCCGCGACCUGGACGGCUACAAGCCCAUCCACACGGCCUGCACGACGAACGCGGUCGACGCGAUCCGCGAGCUCGUGCUGCUCGGGUCGACGACGACGAUCCGCGACAACCACAACUGGACGCCCAUC